CUGAAGACUGGAUCAUUCUCUGCGCUUCUUCGUUCCACACAAUUUACACUACCUUUUCCUCGUCAUGUACGUAUCCUCUCUUCCUCCUUGGUGUAUAAAUACCACUCAACUUUAGUCUCCAAAAGGUCCAACCAAAUCACAUAUCUAACGAGAAAGGUAAUACUGAUUAAGGUAGGUAGCAGUGGAGACCGGAGAAGAUGGGCAAGAAGAAGCUUGCCCCAUUGUCAUUGUUCCUGGCAAUCCUCCUCAUCACCUGCUGUGAGAUGGUGGAGGAGGUUGGGGCGAAGCUGGUGUGCGAGAUCUACUGGCCCCUGUGCAUCGAGAAGUGCUACAAGUCGGGCAACUGCAUGCGCUGCUGCAAGAACUGGGGCUUCGUCCACGGCCGCUGCAACCCCUUGCGCGGCAUGGGCUGCUACUGCUGUGCUGACGACUCUGACCCCCGUGAUGCCGCCCUCCGCCGUCGCUACCAGUACCAGCAGCAGCAUAAGAUGGUCUCACCGCCGCCAGAAUCCUGACCACCACCUGCUUGCAUGAGAUAGCUCCCUUCAGUGCUUCAGUCAGUAGUACAUAUCAUCUAAGCUGUGGAAGAGUCAAUUCAGUCUAGCAAACAAGCAAUGCAUGCCUGACAGAAUGACUGGAUCCUGUUGGCUAAUAAGUAUGUUGCGUCCCAA